UGGGUAGGACACCACCGCGGAGACUUCAACCAUGAAUGACCACCAAGAGCAACAGAGUGAGGAGGAGGGGGAGGAGAUGGAGAUGACACAGCUGGGUGUUUCAAGAUCAUUUAAACAUCCUCUCAGAUGCAAAUGGACAAUGUGGUUUUUCAAGAUAGAGCCUAACCUACCAUGGGAAGACUGUCAGAAGGAAGUAACCAGCUUUAACACUGUUGAGGACUUUUGGUCACUGUAUAAUCACAUUGAACCUCCAUCACGGUUGAAACCAGGGCGUGAUUACUCUUUGUUUAAGGAAGGAAUCAAACCUAUGUGGGAAGAUGAGCGAAAUUGUAAAGGAGGACGCUGGCUUGUCACUAUCAACAAGCAGCAACGUUCUACAGAACUAGAAAUAUUGUGGUUGGAAAUUCUAAUGUUAAUGAUUGGAGAAAAUUUUGAAGAUCAUAAUGAAGAAAUUUGUGGCGCUGUUGUAAAUAUACGCAACAAAGGAGACAAGAUAGGUGUAUGGACUGCCAAUUCUAAGAAUAAAUGUGGCAUUCUUAAGAUUGGUGAGAUUUGCAAAUCUGCAAUGAAACUGAACUCGACCCAAACUAUUACCUAUCAAGCACAUUCUGCCCAACAAAAAAAGGGCUCAGAUGUACGCAGCAUGUAUACUAUUUGAAAAGAAGAAAUGAGUGUACCAUGCUAAAGGAAGUCCUCCAUGUGCAACUCCUGCCAUGUCAAGGGAUAUCAAGGUUUGCAUGUGUGCAAAAUCAAUAAAAUCUUGUUCCUAUUAAUGUAAGUAGGUAAAGUAUUAUGAAAUUUGUUUUAUUUUUGUAUUUAUAAAGCUGUUUAUACAUGUAUUACAUUAUAAACUUGUCAGAUUUUUAUGUACAAAGUUAGUAUAUAAGUCAGGGAUUUACAUUAACUUAUUUAUGGAAGAAGGUAUUAUAAAAUUGUGAUGUUUGUUGCAUAUUUCAACAUCAAACUGUUUCACCUAAUUGUAUUUUGACUAUUUUUAAUUAUGCAGUGUUACCCUAAUGUAUUUGUUUUAUUUCUUAAAAUCUAGGUAGAGUACUGUAUUAAUACUGUACAAGAGAAUGGAACUUAGUCAAAACAGCUACCCCUUUAUUUUUUUUAUUGCUGGGUGUAGGUAAUACAGCUGUGUUAUAUAUAAUGGUUAUUUAGGUAACUGAAGUUUGCAAUAAAAGAAUCACUGAGUUUACUCAAGACUUAGGUCAGAUGCUUGGUAAUUUAUUUAUUAAUAGGUAAAGAUGUCAGUUUUAUUUUCUUUGGUUAGACUUCUUCAUACUCGUUGAUGGCUUUAUUUGAGAAUGAAGCUAUGAAAUGGGAAUGGGAGUGACAUGGUGAGCAAGAAGCACCAAUUAUAAUUUCUGUUCUGUAGUUUUGACGUUAUAUAAAGAUUUCAUGAGGAUUCUUUGAUUUUCAUAGGAAAGUAAAACAAGAUGCUUAUUAAGUAAUUCAUUAUGGAUGAGAGUAAGUGCAUGUGGCAAGGUCUUGUAGCUAGUACAUGUACUGCUAUGAGAUCUGCUAAUUUUUGUUUUGCAUUUUCCGUAAAAUCCUGUUUUAUUAUGCCAUCAGAAUUAACUUUGUAUUAUUUAACUUCUUUAUAGUUAUAUUAUGGCAACCUACUUUUCAAAUAAAAAAAUUUUCUUU